ACCUACUCUUGGUCCGAUUUUACUCUCGGUCCGAUUGCACUCUUGAGUUCGACUUCUGAAUCGUACCGGGAUUCCUCUUAUCAUUUCAUUACUUAAUGUAUAUUAAUCUUCCAUUUGUGACGGCUGAAAAAAAGUAUUUAUUGCAUGACAUCGGGAUGGGACUGCUAUGGGAUGGAGUUAUUCUUCUUUCUUUCUUUCGUUUAUUUUUUAUUGUUUUAUAUGAUCAUCAUGGGAUACCCGGAAAAACCAAUCCAACUCCACUUCACCACAUUCAUAAAAUCCAGCUUCCAAUUUCCAAGUUUAAUCUAAUCCAUAAAAUCUUCCAAGAGAAACGUCUCGAGUCUUUGACAGGUGAAACCCAACAAAACCCAGUAGCUACCAGCUAGUACGACACAGGUUUGGACCCACACGGGCCCC